AUGAGCGUACCGAUGGAAUUGGACGAACCCGCGACCGAGGAGGUACCUCUGGACUUGACCGUGAAGAAGGACGUCAACAAGGAAGCGAAGGCGGAAGGCGAUGGCCCAGAGAAAUUGAGCGGGGGCGCGCCACAGCAGGAGUCGAACGCUCAGAACGGCGUUAAAUCGACGCCACUGGACUUGAGCGCCGGAAGAGGAGCGUUGCCGCUGCCGCCACCGCCGUCAGCGAAUGUCGCUCAGCGUGCUUCGGUGGUGGUGCUGUCGCCGAAAGUGCAGGCGGUCAAAUCGUCGCCACCGCCGUCGCCACUGAAGCUGAAGCCACAGGGCAAUGUCUACUGGUCGCCGGACUCGUCGUCGUCCACGAUGGCCGCCGAACCCUUGGCGCCACUGCACGGGAUGUACGCCGACGCUGCCGCUUACCGGCACAUGAUGCCGUCCGCAGCCGUACCCGAGUACAACCCGUUCCUGCCAGUUCUUCCGACGCCCGAGGCCACUCAGCUUCACCAUCAAACUAACCACAUCCGACACCAAAUUCACAUGCAACAUCAGCAACAACUCCAGAUGACGCAGCAGCUCCAGUUGCAGCUGCAGAUAUCGCAACAACGCACCCGGGAACAGCAGCAGAUAAUAAACAAGCGAACGCUCGAGCUGCAGGCAAAGUACGGCGUUCUCCCGCUUGACCCUGCGAUGUUGUUGUCCGGCAGCCCAGUGUACGCGGCCACGUCGUCGCCGUCCUCGUCCGAGUCCAACCACUUCCCGUUCGGCGGAUACGACUGCGGCUUUUCCAAGCCAGCCUACGGUUUCGGUUAUCCUUACUACGAAAGGAUGGUCGAUGGCAGAGUUUCCGGUGGAGCGUAUGGAGGCUUAGACAUCAGCGCCAACCGAUCCGACUGUCCGUCGCCCGAGUCGACGACCACGUGCACUACGACUACUGACGACCAUCACCUUUUCCAUCACCAUCACCAACAGCAGCGGGACCUUGACCGAGAUCACCGCCACCGCAUCAACGCGAUGGACGACAUGGACGUGGUGGACCCCGAGGAGGUGGCAGCCAUAUACAGACAGUCGGACUUCUUGUCGUUCCGUCACCGGUACAUGGAGAGCUUGGGGCCGCCGAGGAACUUCGAGAAAAUGAGACGGUCCAACAACAACAACAACAACAACAGCAGCGGCAGCAGCAACAACGACGACGACCACCAGCAGUACGACCAGUCGUACGUCAUGAAGCGGCAGAAGAACAACGAGGCGGCCAAACGGUCUAGGGACGCCAAGCGGCAGAAGUACAUCGAGAACCAGAUCAGCGUCAUGUACCUGACCAAGAAGGUGAGUGAGAUGAAGGACAUCAAGAGACGGCUGCUGAAGGCCAACAGUAAUAUAUUUGCCGAGUAG